AUGUCACCACGAGCCGCUUCUUUUCGUUUCCACCGCUCAGCUGCGGCUUCACCGACUUCUAUGUCGUUUUCACAAUUCCGUGAGCCUCGAUGUUGGCUAUGGGGUGAUAGCAGCGGGAAUAACAAAAAAGAACAUGAGGUUGGCAAAAAAACCGAUAGCUGGAAACUUUCGGAGGAUGAGACAAGCGCUUUGGAGUCAGAGUUGGAAUCAGUCUUGGAAACGGAGAGAGGAGAACCACCUGAGUCUGGUACCGCUUUUCCAUAUAUGAAAACGCCAAUGUCAUCAUCAUCACGGAUUCGGUUGGAAAGAAUCGAUCAUCCACCAGCAAAGUUCGACUUGCUCACAAACUCUCUAGUGUAUCGUUGGCAGACAACCGCACAGUAUGCGCGUAAGAUAUCAGGCCCUAUGCGAGAGUGGGCGGUUGAGCUGAAGUACCGUACUGGCGUACACAUAGAGAUUGAGCCAACCUAUCCGAAUAGACUCUUGAUCACGGCAGAGGAGGGGGGUUAUACGACUGCGGAUGAGGUCGACGUAACGGUAUUCUUGUUUGGCAGCGAGCGUGGAGUUUCCAAUUGUCACCAGCUUAUGGAUUCGAUCAUGGAAAUUGAGCCGUCGUACGUACGCCUUGGCAUAUUCCGUCGCUUGCCAGGUACCACUGACCCAGGUGAGGUGGAAUGGCUGAUGCUGCGGCGCAUCAACCGCGAGCUGCGUCCCCCAGAUAUCCCACCCAUCUCCCUCAAGCUUCCUGGCAAGUGGACCUUCCUGUACGAGCAGUACAAAGAGGCGGCCAUUCGCACCCUUUGGGAGGAGACCGGUAUCACAGUGAAGCCCGUGGAGGUCUUCCCCACGGCGAGGCUGAUGCAGUCCAUCCCAUCCUUCUACUGGCGUGUGCCGGUUCACUACUUUGUUGCAGAGGUGCCUUACCAGGUGGAGGUGCGGGGGCCACAGGUGACACCGAACGCAUACGUCCGUCACUGGGAUCCCAAUCUGUUGCGGAGCUCUCCCGACCCUAUUGACCGCGCCUGGGCACAGCUGGCGGACCCGGAGACGGGAUGUGGCUGGAUGCGGAGGGAGAUCAUCGACGAACUACAGCGACCACUGCGUGGCGACGAUUAUAUGGCGAUUCGCUACACCCCACCACCGUACUCCAAUCUGGCCUCUACCCUUGGGUUUAAUCUACCAGCUGAGGAGGAUGCACAGGUAAAAGUGAAGGAAGAGGCCGGCGGCGAAUAA